CACAUGCAACAGCACAAAGGACAAUCACGCUGCCACCGAGGACGUAAUCGCCUCUUGCCACAACCUCGCUCUCUUCAAGUCUGGACGGAAUCCUGUAGAGCGAGCAGGCGACUUUUGACUCAAGAUCUCUUUUCCCAGCUUUGCGCCACGACAUUACAACUUCAACCGCCAGCGACACACACCCUCCGGCUCCCCCAUCCAAGCUCUGCAUCAUGUCGCAAGAGCCCAGGACCCUGAAAUCCGUCUUCGCUGCGGCUGAGGCCAAGCGCUCGGGCCUGGAGAACAGCUACGACACAAUCUCGGCCAGCUACCAGGAUGACCUCUCCCAAGCUCUCAAGUUCUAUGAGGACUGCCUCAUGAUCAUCGGCGACAUUUCACUCUUCAGUCCCAACGAGACUCUCGAGGACAUCAACACAUCAGAUCUGCCCUACCUACUGGUGAGCUAUCGCAUCGCCGAGCUGCUGCAAAAGGUCUCCACGGCCUCGCCUACCGAGCGCAAAGCCGCACUCGAUGUUGCAAAGGAGGCGUACUCCAAGUUCUUGCACCUCAUGGACAGCUACUCGCUGUUCUCGGAAUCAGACCGCAAGCUCUUUGAGCGGUAUGUAGACGAGCCAGAGAGCUUCUCCACCAUCACAUCCUCCGAUCCCGCCCUAAGGAGGAACGCCAAAAUUGCCAACUUCAAGGCGGAGAAGGAGAUGAAGCAGAAGCUCGAGUUCAUGCGGAGAAACCCACGCUAUCUGGACGACGGGGGCGGCGACGAGGAGGCAGUCCGGGAGCUAUACCUCGCCGAUAUUGCCUGGAACAUCCACCAGACGUUCCAGGGACUUGAGGGCAUCAACCGGGAGAUGGAGGUGCUCGCGCAGGCGCCGAUACCGUUGAUGCCGCAGGAUUCGACCAUUGAGGAUGACGAGCGGCGACGCAAGGCUUCAUUUGACAGCGAGAUGUUUUCUGCGAGAUUGGACACCCCCCUGCAGCCCAUUCACGCUGGAGCCAAGGGCCCGUUGUUGAGCAAGGAGGGAAAGCCAUUGAGGCCCUUUACGCUCACAGCGAACAGGCAGGAGUUGACAAAAGGUGUCUUCCGGCCAGGCCAUAAUCUGCCUACCAUGUCCAUUGACGAAUAUCUUGACGAGGAGAGGAGGCGGGGCAACAUCAUCGAGGGUGGCGGUGAAGCGAGCGGCAUGCAGCCAGAGCCCGACGAAGAUAAUUACGAGAAGGCAGACGCGGAAACAAUGAAGGCUCGGGAAUGGGACGAAUUUGUAGAAAACAAUCCCAAGGGAAGUGGCAACACUCUCAAUAGAGGGUAGGCAGGAUGUGAGAGCGUUUAUAAACAUGUACGGCACGCGAAACCUGAAAUCAGGAAGCACGCGAAAUAGAGAAAUAUGAUAAACGAAGGAAGUACUAUUAUCCUCCCUGAAGCAGAACAGUGGAAACUUGCAUGCAGUGCCAGGACAAUGGCCGUGGUGCCAACCGGGCAGGAAGUCCUUGACCCUCUUUGGUGCAUACUCCGCUGUGGCAUGCAGCUAAACCGAAUGACAGGGGUAUGCAGGGGAGCUCCCCCAAAU